AUGGCCCACCACGUCCUCCUCAUCGGCGGUCACGGCAAAGUUGCCCAAAUUCUUACACCGCUCCUGCUGGCCAAAUCAUGGAACGUGACCAGCAUGAUACGCACUGCCUCUCAGCAACCGGCCGUUGAAAAGCUGGGACAGGGUCAGCCCGGGAAAUUAGAUGUACUGGUCCAUAGUGUUGCGGAUGUGAAGAGCGAGGCCGAUGCGAAGCGCAUCUUGGAACGGGUCAACCCGGAUUGGGUUGUCUGGAGCGCUGGAGCCGGCGGCAAGGGCGGCGCCGAGAUGACAUUUGCAGUCGACCGCGACGCAGCCAUAGCGUUCACAAAAGCCAGCAUUCACACACCCUCCAUCAAGAAAUUCCUGACAGUAUCUUACCUUUCUUCCCGCCGUGGCCGCGCGCCUUGGUGGAACGAUGAAGACUGGAAAGCGGCACAGAAAGUAAACACGGAAAUCUUGCCAAACUACUUUAAAGCCAAGGUUGCAGCUGACGAGGUCCUCACGAUACUUUCCCAAGAUCGAAUGGCUCAGGAAGAGAAAGAUGGUGUACCCGCUGAUCAGCGCUUCUGUGGUAUCAGCCUGAGGCCUGGCACGCUGACUGAGGAGCCGGCUGGAAAGGUGAAGAUGGGUAAGAUUGGGGCUGGUGGCAAGACGAGCCGUGCGACGGUUGCAGAGAGCGUUGUUGGUGUUUUGGAAAUGGAUGGCGUGAGGGGUUGGGUCGAUGUUAUCGACGGUGAUGAGGAGAUUGUAGAAGCGGUGAAGAGCUACGUCAAGGAAGAACAGGAUGCCAUUGAAGGCGAGGAUUUGGAUGAGAUGAGGGAGAGGGUCAACAAGUUAUGA